CGAUGAUGCUCGAGUCGGUCAGUUUACCGUGUACGCUAAUAAGAACAAUCGAAAUGCAACAGCCACAAUCAUAGUCCACCAUGCAAUGGCCGAUGUAAUACCAAUUGUUCGCACCAAGACCGUUAGUAUAGGCGAUGGUAACGUUACAUUGGGUGUCGUACGGCGUGAGGCUACUGCUACUGGAGCUUUACGAUGGAAAAAGGACGGAAUUCUAAUGGAAAAUUGGAACAAUAAGGCGGUGAUUUUAUUCGAAAACAUUUCCUCAGAUGAUGACGGGAUAUAUGAAUGUUAUAAACAAAAUCAACAAAACGAAAGAAUAAAACACGCCUUUAUGCAGCUGAUAGUAAGAGAAUGUCCACAUAACAAAUGGUCUCCGACUGAUUGUACCAAGGACUGUGAGGUGUGCUAUAACGGAGGGGUAUGUGAUACAUACAUCGGAACUUGUAUAUGUCCUUCGGGAUUUUAUGGAAAGAGAUGUGUAAAAUCUGCUGGUGAUAAUCGAUUUGGACGUGAUGGUCAAAUCCCAUGCAAGAGUAACAAUGGCGGAUCAUGCAUUGGGAAUCUGUUUUGUCCACCUUUGCCACAAGGUUGUGCCUGUCACGCUGGCUGGAAAGGACUCGACUGUAGAACGG